UGACGUCCUCCGCCUCGGCCGGUUACUAUGGCAGCGAACGGGGCGGGAUUUUUUUUGCAAGAUGGCGGCGCCCAUGGAUCGCCUGACUGAAGUGUGUACAGAGCUAGAGAGAUGGGUGAGGGAAGAUCUAGAGCGGGGGGACCCCGGGACAGGUGGGGUGCAUCGGCUCACCGAGCUGUUCAGGCAGGCCGUGUACAGAGAGAUGGCCGAUGAGCAGAUUUUCAAGUUGAUCUUAAAGAUAUUUUCCAGAGGAUCGCAGGAGGUCCAGGCACAAAUUGGAGCAUAUGACCCUUCUUUAGAGCGUUGGUUUGAUAUGUUGGCAGAAUGCUUUCGAUGCCUAAGAAACGCCUGCGUGCAGUGCACCCAAAAUCAAGAUGCAAUCAGAAACGUGGGAUUGAUCGAGGAAUCUGUAUCUCUCCUCCAAGUCUACAGUAGUUCAGAUACAUCGCAGGAGUCAUGUUUAGCAGCUUUCCGCUGCGGCCUUCAGUUCCUUGGCAAUGUUGCAGGAGGGAACCAGGAUUCCCAGAAUAGCAUCUGGAAGCAGGCUUUUCCACAUCUCUUCCUGAACUGCCUGACGCAUGCCGAUGACAAAGUGGCUGCUUACAGCUCCAUGGUGCUGUUCACUUGCAUGGGGGACGACAAAAUGGCCGAGCUCAUGGAUCCAGCAAACCUCAGCGUUGCAUUAAGCACCAUCACUGCCUCCAGCAAGCGGCCAGAUUCUGAGUGGCUACACCUGAUUGUAACAGAUCGCUUCCUGAGGUGCCCGGAGCUGGUAAAGCAAAUGUUUGCCGAGCAGAGCCAUUCUGACAGGGUGGUUCUGCUAGAGCUUAUUCUGGCUAAAGUGAGUGAGAAGACUCCUCUUUCUGAGGCGGAGGUGGUGAGUCUGCAGGGAAUAGCAGAGUUCCUGUGUGACCGCUUCCAGGACCAAUGCCAAUCUGUGCUGAAACUGGCUGAUCCCGGGGACUGCGACCAGCAGGAGGCUUUAGUUGUGAUUAGAGUCCUGGAUCUCUUAUGUGAAAUGACGUCAGACAACGAGCACCUUACUUGUUUGCAGAGCUGCCCCGGGUUACUGGACACCGUUGUAUACACAUUACGCCUGACGCAUCUGGCAGGAAAGCAAAGCAAGAACGUCUUCACCUCCGUUCACAGCGCGUCUCUCGGAGCGGACUUGACUCACGCCGCCGUGGGGUUCAAAGCUCAUCUCAUUCGCCUGAUUGCUAACCUGUGCUUCCGAAAUAAGGAAAAUCAGGAUAAGAUUUAUCAGCUAGACGGGAUUCCGCUCAUCCUGGAUAACUGCAGCAUCGAUGACAACAAUCCGUUUCUAAACCAGUGGGCGGUUUACGCCAUUAGGAACCUCACCGAACAGAAUGAAAAAAAUCAGGAGCUGAUUGCCAGUAUGGAGCGGCAAGGCCUCGCCGACACCUCGCAGCUGGAGAGUAUGGGAUUGCACGUGGAGGAACGAGAUUCCAAACUGAUUCUGAAAUCCGUCAAGAAAAUGUGAACUGAUAAACGUACAUGCAGAACAUCAUGGGCACUUUCCUGCUCAUCAGAUGAGACGGACGCCUUCUUUUGUGAAACGUGGACAUUAAUAAAUGAUAAUAUUAUUUCCCAGAUCAGGGCAGGACCAAGCCUAAAUUUUUUGGUAAGCGAAUAUAGAUUUUGGUGCCCCUUGGUGUAAUAAACCUUCAUAUAUUUACAUAAUUGUGAUUUACUCAGUGUAGCGGGAGUACAAGUAAUAAUGUAACAAUGAUGCAAGGGAAUCCAUAGAUCAAAGAAAAAAUAAUAAAACACAUGAUUUACAAAAAAAAACCACAACCCCUUAUUCACAUUACACAGUAGAGCUCCUAAAUACAUUACACCACAGUACAGCCAAUUAUACAUGUUACAAUAAAGAGGAGCCGCUUAUACACAUUAUGCCAUGGUAGAGCCCCUUAGCCACGUUACACCACAGUUGAGCCCCUUAAAUACAUUACACCACAGAUGAAACCCAGAUGGUAGAGCCACGGAAGCCCUAAAAUGAAUAAAAUUAAAAGUAAUAUUUUUACUAAACACGUGUUAAAAUUGUUGCUGCCUCCAUCUGGCUAUUCAUGCAGCAACUGAACGAUGAAUGUAUGACCGGUGAGUCCCUUCUAAUCUCUAGUGUGAAUAAAUUCCUAUUCUAGCCCUCA